CAGUAGGCUAUGUAAAAUUAAGCAAGAGCACAGAAAGACUGCUAGCUACAGGGUUUUGUAAUAAUGAAGUUCGCCAUGUUGAUAGAACUCACAAAGUGGGUGGGGGAUUAAGGGGCUGACCGGUAAAUAAAGUUUGGGUCAGGAAGAGCUGCCCUGUCCAGCCAGAAAAAAAGAGAGGAGCCCUCCGGAGUUUUUUAAUUGGCUCCCGGAGGAGACCGCUAUUUAUGUGUUCAGUUACGCUCAGCUUUGCCCCUUCCUGCUCCGAUCGUCCUUUGAGCAGGACACUCGGUUGCCCCAGCAACUAGGCCUCCAAUCACUCAGCCAGCUGCAGAUUAGUUCAGCGGUUGGGGGUUGAGGGAGGGAGGGGGUCGGGGGUAACUUCGAUGAUGGAAAAGGAGAGGAGGAGGGAGCAGCACAGGGAAGGAGAGAGAGAGGGAGGGGUGGGAAAAUCAGGAGCGAGAGAGUGGAGAGAGAGAGAGAGUCAACCGCACAGAAACAGACGAUAGCUACACGGACAGCGUGAAAGUAAGAAGGAGAGGGGAGAGGGAAAACGUUCCUCACACUCUCAGCUGAAGUUUUAAGGAGGGUAGUUUUUUGCAGUUAGCCUUUUUUUCUUCUUCUCUUUUCAGUGCAAGUUUCUUUUUUCCCCUGGAGUGAGUGGGAGUGCUGUUCUUUGUGGGUCUGGGGGAGAGAAAAGGGGGGCUGUGCUCAAUGAGAGACCACAGAACCAGCAGCAGGAGUGCUGAAUCUGUGGAGAAGGAGGAAGGAGAACCCUGAAGGAUAUAAUGCAAGUGGAUGCUGCCAUAUCCAGUGUCAGAUUUCACAAAAUGAGAGUCCAGUGGAAAAGCACUUCUGGAGGGCUCAUCCACCAUAGCAAGGAUGCCAGCUGCUAGCAUGAUGACUGGUGGGAGGGCUCUUCUGCUCUGCACGAACACUGAGAACUGCAUUUACCAAUCUGUCAACGGGCUCCAGUGCUGUGGGCUGAAGCUCGGGGAGGCUCCAACUGCUGUGCCCAAGUGGCCAGAGCUGUGCGGGGACGGGGAAGGGGACAGGGGUAGCGAGGCCUGGUUCACACCCCCGGACAGCCGCAGUAACAGCCCCAGGGGCGACGACAUGCUCACCCACAAGCGCGCCACCAGCAUCGACACCCACAUUGCUGAGAACGGCCUCACCGGCUGCAGCGGCAAGCUCUCAAAAACCCCCAUGGCUGUCAGAAGCAAAGCCAGCAUCCGAGACAAGAUCUCCCAGUGGGAGGGCAAGGGUUCCGAGCCCACUGUGGGCUCUUGCCCAGCGACUCCGGGACAGAGAGAGGCAGACAGCGUGAGGAAGAAGGACAUCAAAAGCACAGAGAUACAGAGGCGGGAUAGUAGGAGACUCGUCAGCAGGCAGGAUUCUGGCAAGGAGAAUGGAGGAAAAACGAGCGACUCGAGGCCCAUGUCCCCAGAGGGAUUCGUUAGGGACCGGGAAGCCAUACUGGACAAGGGACUUCGUGGUAAAAUGGCGGAGACUGUCCAGGAUAAAAAAUCAGUUUCGACUCACAUUAAGAAACUGGAGAAGGCCAUGAAAGAGACACCAGGCAAGCCCCCAAUAGCGUUCCCCGGAAACUAUUUCUGCCCCCCUUCUAAGGAGGAGCAGGAAGAGACGGAGAGGAAGGGGACAGAGCCUAUUUUCGGGACACUGGAUGUAGUUCGGUCCACAAGGAGUCGUCGAGGUCGGGAUGGAGACCCAGAGAACGUUUACACGGAGCCUGGGGCGCCAUCCAUCAACCCUGUACCCAAACCCCAACGCACCUUCCAGCACCACACCCUGACAGGCACCCCGGUGGCUGCUGGUGGUUUGCUAAAAAGCAGACGCAACCUUCCCCCUCUACCUUCAAUACCCCCACCACCUCUGCCCACAUGCCCCCCACCUGGUGUCUGCAGAAGGCCCUGGGCAGAAAGGACCCGAGAUAGCAGCAACAGGAAGUCUUAUGAGUUCGAGGACCUGCUGCAGUCUUCCACAGAGGGCUGCCGAGUGGACUGGUAUGCCCAAGCCAAGCUGACCCUUACACGCACUUUAUCGGAGGAGAACGUCUACGAGGAUAUCCUAGAUCCUCCAUCAAAAGAAAACCCUUAUGAAGAUAUUGAAUUGGAGAGCCGUUGCCUUGGAAACAAAUGUCCCCUACCCGUGUCACCCUCCACCUCAAUCCCAGACACACCAUCUAAGCUCAAUUCUAAGCCUGGAUUCUUCAGGCAGAACUCAGACCGUCGUAGCUUCAAACUGCUGGACCUGCGUAAGACCAAUCGCGAUGGGGGCAUCGCAUCACCUUCCCGCAUCAGCCCACCGUCCACUCCCAGCAGCCCCGACGACACCCCCUGCCUCUCCGGGGACCCUUACAACCGCAGACGCAGGAAAAUCCCAAAGAUGGUGCUCAAGAUCAAUGGCAUCUUUGAGGCGAGGAGAGGGAAGAAGAGAAUGAAAAGGGUCUCUCAGUCCACAGAGCCCAGCUCAGGAAGAGUGACUGAUGAGAACAGUGAGUCGGAAAGUGACACUGAGGAGAAACUCAAAGCGCACAGCCAGCGCUUGGUGUCGGUCCAAUCUAUGCUAAAGCAGACUGGCCGAUACCGCACCCUCGAGCGAGACCUUAUGGACUUGCAAGAGAGGAAGCUCUUUGAGUACUUCUUGGUGGUUGCGCUACAUAAGACUAAGGCCGGGGCACCAUACCUGCCUGAAGUGACUCAGCAGUUCCCUCUUAAGCUGGAGAGGAGUUUUAAGUUCAUGAGAGAGGCGGAGGAUCAGCUGAAGGUCAUUCCACAGUUCUGUUUCCCUGACGCUAAGGAUUGGAUCCCCGUUGACCACUUUCCCAGUGAGACAUUCUCGUUUGUCCUGACGGGUGAGGACGGAAGUCGGAGAUUUGGUUACUGCCGCCGUUUGCUGCCCAGUGGUAAAGGAAGGCGGCUUCCUGAAGUCUACUGCAUCGUGAGCCGGCUGGGGUGUUUUGACCUCUUCUCUAAGAUCCUAGAUGAGGUGGAGAAGAGGAGGGCCAUUUCCCCCGCCUUGGUGCAGCCGUUCAUGAGAGGCAUCAUGGAGGCUCCUUUCCCAGCCCCAGGGAGAACCAUCACUGUGAAGAACUUUCUGCCAGGGUCAGGCACUGAGGUCAUUGAGCUGUGUCGGCCGUCAGACUCCCGCCUGGAGCACGUGGACUUUGAGUGUCUCUUCUCCUCCCUGAGCCUGCGCCUCCUGCUUCGAGUCUUCGCCUCCCUCUUGCUGGAGCGUAGGGUCAUCUUUACGGCAGACAAGCUGAGCACGCUGUCUCAGUGCUGCCACGCAGUGGUGGCUCUGCUUUAUCCCUUCACCUGGCAGCACACCUACAUUCCAGUGCUUCCUCCCGCUAUGAUUGACAUUGUGUGCACCCCUACCCCUUUCAUCGUUGGCCUGCUGUCCAGCUCCCUGCCUCGGCUGAAAGAGCUCCCCAUUGAGGAGGUUCUGGUAGUUGACCUUGGCAACAGCCGUUUCCUCAGACAGCUGGACGAUGAAGACUCUAUCCUGCCCCACAAACUUCAAGCAGCUCUAGAACACGUUCUGGAGAAGAGGAAGGAACUGGCUGGUGGAGACCUUCCCAACGAGUCCAGCUCCUUGAGCACUGUGGUGUCAGAGGCCUUUGUGCGCUUUUUCGUGGAGAUAGUGGGCCAUUACUCACUCUUCAUGGGCGGCGGGGAGCGUGACGACGACUCUGCCUCGGCCUCCUCCUCCCCCUCUCCCACCCCUUCCUCCUUCCAGCGUGAGCCCUUCCGCAAGGCUGUCGUCUCUAAGAGCCUUCGGCGCUUCCUGGAGGUGUUCAUGGAGACGCAGAUGUUUGCUGGCUUUGUGCAGGAGAGAGAGCAUCGCCGGCAAGGCCUGAAAGGUUUGUUUGAGGUUCGUGCUCAAGAGUACCUGGACUCACUGCCAGGCAUUGAGAACCGUGGAGUCAACAAGUUCCUAAAAGGUUUAGGAAAUAAGAUGAAAUUCCUCUCCAAGAAAUGAUGAGCACGUCCCGUCUUCAGGAAUGCUUUAAAAGACACACAGAAUGGACACACUUUUAUCAGUCUGUUGGACCAAACACUCCCCAGAGCGGCGUGACCAGAGCAUAGGCUCCAGAAGAUGCACACAACACCACUGAGACGGGGAAGAAACAAUACAAUGAUGUGGCCUGACACCAAGAAGCCUUACGGAGAGGAUGGAACACAAAAUCUCGUUGAAGAUGAAGCACGAAAAAAUAAAUAUCCAAUAUCCUCUCUUGCCCAUUAAACAUACAGGCUACUGACGGGUGGGCAAUGAGCAACCAAGAAACAGGACCUCUGUGUAUGAGUCUAAACAUCUGAGGUUAAUUCCCAGCACCAUGCGUGACCUACAGUCUUUAUACUCCACAUAGAGCCUAAAACACACCCAACCCUGAGUCCCAAAACAACAGAACUCGAUUCAAACGUUAGCCGUGUAGCCAAAGCAGAAAUUGCAUUUGUACAGUUCUCUUCUCACAUUACGUCCAUAGUUUUGAACUCUUUCAAAAAAUAGAGUACAACUUCUUUUAACACAGGAGGCUUUAAUUUAAUUUAUAUACUAUUAGACAAAUGUUAUCCCAUAUUGUCCCAUCUUUACUGAGACAAUAAAUGAAGUAGUUUUUCAUAACUUGUUAUUUAUCAUGGUGCGGUUCAUGUGAGUUAUGAAAAAUUUACUGUGUGUCUAAAUAGCAUAGACUUGACAUGGGAAUGUGACUACAAAAUGGGGAGGUAUAGAACACUAUCAGUGAUGCAUGGAUCACACAAGAUUUUACUCUGUAGAGACUCUGAAGAGGAGGCAGAAGAUUCUUAGAGAACCAGGACCAAAUCUGAAGACAGACUUGAUUUUGUUGACUUUUUUCAGCCUACUGUUGUUCAGAAUAAUUUCAAAAACACCACUAGAUCUACUUAAACUUGAUUGAAAAGAAUGCAAUGCAAAGUGUAUAUCAAAUAAAUGAAUUUUUCAUUAAA